CCCCGGGCAUCGUUGAAUCUCAGUGGUUGUGAAUCCCCCUGCCUCCACCUGACCGACCCGGAUCGGAGACACUGGGCCCUCAGUGUCCCUCAGAGACCCCGAGAAUGGGGACUCCGGGGACUCGGAGUCCUCCGGGCACCGGCCUGCCACACGGGAACAGAAAUGCCGGCUCAGAGGCUGGGGCUGAGAGCCACCCGUCUGUGCCCCGCCCGUGAGUCUUCUGCACGUCUCCCUCCUCCAGGCCCCUACGGCGCCAACGUGGAAGACAGCGUCUGCUGCCGAGACUACUUCCGCCACCCCCUGCCUUCUCGCAUGCUGAAGUAUUUCUACUGGACUUCAGACUCCUGCCGGAGGCCCGGCGUGGUCUCCUGUGAGGACCACAAUUAUUAUCCUCAUUUCACAGAUGUGGAAACUAAGGGACGUGCUAACAAUGGCAGAGCUGGGCCAGAGGAUCUGGCUCCAAAGUUCAUGCUCUUGGCUCUCUUCCAAGGCAAUAUCAGCCAUGAUCACGAGACUCUUGGGCAUUCUAUUUCUUGGCCUGACCUGGCCCUCAAGCCUAGACGAAGAGUCCAGGAAAUUCUGGCUGCUCUUCUCCCCUCUCCCCGCUUAAGAACUUCCUUACGGUCAGGGACCGGGAGAUCUGUGCUGACCCCAGGCUGCCCUGGGUGAAGAAGAUUCUGCAGAAGAUGAGCCCAUGAGAAAGGGCCCUGCCCUGAUGACCGUGGCCUUGGCUCCUCCAGGAAGGCUCACAGAGCCCCACCUCUCGGCCAUUACAGCCGCCCCUCAACACAAGCCUGUGCCGAUGGAUCUCUCCGCAAUCUCUUAUCUCUGUGCCUGUAGCUGUCACCCUCAGAGGAGCCUCCACACUGUCACUCAUCUCCCCUCUUGUCCCUCUAACCCAUUCUCUGCCCCACCGCAGCCAGAGGGGCCGCAAUCCUGGUCAGUUACUCUCCUGCUCAAAACUCUUCCAUGGCUCCCCAUUGCCCCAAGCUGAGGUGAGAGCUCCUGAGCCUGGCACCCCUGUCCCCAGCCCUGCCUCAUUUCCCUUCACACGUGUUGGACUCCAGCUCCCUGUUCUCCAAAUCCGUGCCAUACAUGUCCACUUCCAAGUCUUUUUCCAGGCUGCACCUGACGCCCAGGAUGCCUCCCCACCACCUGUGGGUGCACACCCCUGUGUGUGUGCCUCCGAGGCACUGCUCAACCCAAGCAGCCAGCAAUUGAGUUUUAUUUUUCAGAUGUCCCCUGGCCCUCUGUCCCCUCUUAACAGCCUUGAUCACAGUCUACCCAGAAUUCUCAGGACUUGGGGAACUCGUCCUACCGCCCCACUGGCUGGAUCAAGGUCCCACACCUGUUACUUUGUCCAUUGGCCUUCAACGCAGAGCACAGGGCCUGGCUCAGAAUCAGGGCUCAAUGAACGGCUACAGACUGAAUCAAUAAAAAUAAUGUUCCUCUGCCAUGGCCCAUCCCCCAAACGCCCUCACACAUCAAUACAGAGACUCAAGUUCAUCUAGAAAGCAGCCAGUUGAGUCAAUUGUGAAACCUCAAAUUUACCCAGAUUCACCUCUCUUCCCCAUUUUACCUCUUUGUUGGACUUUUUGACUCUUUCUUGUUUCCCUCUUGCUCCUCUAACCUCUGACACCCAGGCUUGACCUCUUCAGAAUUCCCCACUUUCCCUUUCUCCUUCCCCAAAUAACUGAUAACCAACUUUAUGCUAUGGUGUGAAUGA